GCUAUCUUUUCUUUUACGCCCGUUUGCUGUUAUGGCUCGCACCAAGCAGACCGCCCGCAAGUCCACCGGCGGCAAGGCCCCGCGCAAGCAGCUGGCCACCAAGGCCGCCCGCAAGAGCGCCCCGGCCACGGGCGGCGUGAAGAAGCCCCACCGCUACCGGCCCGGCACCGUGGCGCUGCGCGAGAUCCGGCGCUACCAGAAGUCGACCGAGCUGCUGAUCCGCAAGCUGCCGUUCCAGCGCCUGGUGCGCGAGAUCGCGCAGGACUUCAAGACCGACCUGCGCUUCCAGAGCUCGGCCGUCAUGGCCCUGCAGGAAGCCUGCGAGGCUUACCUCGUGGGUCUGUUUGAGGACACCAACCUGUGCGCCAUCCACGCCAAGCGUGUCACCAUCAUGCCCAAGGACAUCCAGCUGGCCCGCCGCAUCCGUGGCGAGAGAGCCGCUUUUAAAGACAUUGGCCGUACGAUAAAAUGCAAUGAAGGGGUUGGAGCCUUUGAGCUUGUUGUGAGUUCGGAGCGCUCACUUGGAGCUGGUGUACUUGGUGACAGCCUUGGUGCCCUCGGACACGGCGUGCUUGGCCAGUUCCCCGGGCAGCAGCAGGCGCACGGCCGUCUGGAUCUCCCGGGACGUGAUGGUCGAGCGCUUGUUGUAAUGCGCCAGGCGCGACGCCUCGCCCGCGAUGCGCUCGAAGAUGUCGUUCACGAACGAGUUCAUGAUGCCCAUGGCCUUGGAGGAGAUGCCCGUGUCGGGGUGCACUUGCUUCAGCACCUUGUACACGUACACCGAGUAGCUCUCCUUGCGGCUGCGCUUGCGCUUCUUGCCGUCCUUCUUCUGCGCCUUGGUGACGGCCUUCUUGGAGCCCUUCUUCGGGGCGGGCGCGGACUUGGCGGGCUCAGGCAUAGUGAAUACAAACUAAAGGCAAAUACUUCCGCAUUCGUCAAGGCAUUUGAACAUGUCAACCAAUCAGGAACAUCUCGCCUCUAUAAAAAGGAACCCACAGGCUUCUCUUUCCUAUCUCCUGCUUUCUUUGUAACCAUGGCUCGUACCAAGCAGACUGCCCGCAAGUCCACCGGCGGCAAGGCCCCGCGCAAGCAGCUGGCCACCAAAGCCGCCCGCAAGAGCGCCCCGGCCACGGGCGGCGUGAAGAAGCCCCACCGCUACCGGCCCGGCACCGUGGCGCUGCGCGAGAUCCGGCGCUACCAGAAGUCGACCGAGCUGCUGAUCCGCAAGCUGCCGUUCCAGCGCCUGGUGCGCGAGAUCGCGCAGGACUUCAAGACCGACCUACGCUUCCAGAGCUCGGCCGUCAUGGCCCUGCAGGAGGCGAGCGAGGCCUACCUGGUAGGUCUGUUUGAGGACACCAACCUGUGCGCCAUCCACGCCAAGCGUGUCACCAUCAUGCCCAAGGACAUCCAGCUGGCCCGCCGCAUCCGUGGGGAGAGGGCUUAAAUUCCUUCGAAGAAUCAUAAACCCAAAGGCUCUUUUCAGAGCCACCUA